AUGUAUGGACUUGAUACGACCAUUGCUGCAGAUGUGCAAGGAGCGGUGAUUCAUAGAUUCCACGAAGUUGAUCAACUCGCUUGGAUUGGGGCCGGGUUCCCUUUGGAAUCAGUCUCCGUCAUCCUUCCAUACGGCUUUCUUUUUACGGCCUUCAACAUGAAGUGGCUCUACGUUGCAGGAAUCUUGUUGUUCCAGGGCGGCUCCGCUCUCUGCGGUGGCGCCCCGAACAUGGGCGCCCUAAUCUUCGGACGUGUGAUUGCUGGCGCUGGAGGAACAGGAAUAUACUUGGGAGGCCUCAAUUACUUCUCUGCCAUGAUAACUUCAAAGGAGCGCGGUGCAUAUCUUGCUGGUACUGGCUUCGCCUGGGCCCUGGGAGCGAUUCUGGGCCCCGUGAUUGGCGGUGGUUUCUCAGAUUCGUCCGCAAUCUGGAGACGGGGAUUCUACAUUAACUUGAUUAUUGGUGCCAUAACAGCCCCGGUCUACCUGUUCUAUCUUCCAGCAAUUCACCCAGCCCCAGGAAAUCCCUUAGAGACCGGCUGA